CAUAAGCAUUUCUACCUAUAUAUACUCCUAAGCCCACAUACCCUCUUGGUUACCCAAACAGACCCCCACAAAAAAUUGAAGAUGAGUAGGUCUAACCUUAAAGGGCUUACAUUAGUUCUUCUCAUUGCCUUGUUUGUUUGGUCUUCAAGCUUUGAGAAUUGCGGUGCUUCGCAAAGUUACAUACCGCAACCAAGACAUUGGAACUAUGCCAUCUUUAAUGUACUAGAGUAUGGUGCUAAAGGCAAUGGAUAUGCCGACGACACAAAGGCAUUUGAAGCAGCAUGGGCAGCAGCUUGCAAAGUGGAAGGAUCAACCAUGGUUGUUCCAUAUGGAUUUGUGUUCCUCGUCAAACCAAUCACUUUCUCUGGCCCAAAUUGUCAACCAAACAUUCAAUUUCAGUUGGAUGGCAAAAUUAUAGCCCCUACAAGCUCUCAACCUUGGGGUUCAGGUCUCUUACAAUGGCUGCAAUUCAAAAAUCUUAAAGGAAUUACAAUUUUAGGAAAAGGUGUUAUAGAUGGACAAGGCUCAGACUGGUGGAAUGACAAUGGAAGAAUGCCAAGCACCAAACCAACGGCAUUGAGGUUUUAUGGAAGUAAAGCUGUGACAGUAAGCGGCAUAACGAUACAAAACAGUGCUAGAACCCACCUCAAAUUUGACAAUUGCAUAGGUGUUCAGGUUUUCGACAUACGUAUUUCAGCCCCAUCUGAUAGCCCCAAUACAGAUGGAAUUCACCUACAAAACUCUCAAGAUGUAACCAUUUACAGAGCUAAUCUUGCAUGUGGAGAUGAUUGCAUAUCCAUACAAACUGGAUGCUCAAAUAUUUAUAUACACAACAUCAACUGUGGACCUGGACAUGGAAUCAGCAUUGGAGCACUGGGAGCGGGUAAAACCAAAGCUUGUGUUUCAAAUAUCAUCGUCCGAGAUGUCACACUGCAUAAUACACUGACUGGUGUCAGAAUAAAGACAUGGCAGGGAGGCUACGGUUCUGUCCAAGGAAUCACAUUCUCAAACAUUCAAGUUUAUGAAGUUGAAAUUCCAAUCAUGAUCGACCAAUUUUACUGUGCUAGCGACAAAAGCAAAUGCCGUAAUGAUACAUCAGCUGUGGCAGUGUCAGGCAUAAACUAUGUGAAUAUAUGGGGAACAUACACAGUAAAACCUUUACAUUUUGCCUGCAGUAACAGUUUGCCAUGCACCGGUCUAUCUCUGGCUAACAUAGAACUAACACCACUUCCAAGUUAUAACUUCGAAUUGUGUGGCUCUUUCUGUUGGAAAGCAAAUGGAACACUGAGAACUAGGACUGUCCCUCCAAUUGAUUGUUUGAUGCCAAGCAAGCUAUCAAGCACUAGAGUUCAGUCUUAUGGUAAUUCUUGCUGGGUUUAGCCUCAAGGACAGAUGCAGUGCAUGGAUGCAGUGGUUUCUCAUGUCCAACUUAGUUGAUUUGGAGUGAAUGCGUGAUGAAUGAUGCCAGUGUGAAUUUUGUUCUCCUUAUGUGAUUGUUUCCUAGGAAUGGAACAAUCUAUAUUGCCAAAUCCACAACAUUUAUUUACUUGAUUCUGGUCUCUAGAAUUUUUUUUUGUUUUUUUUGUUUUAGUUUAUACAAGUAAUAAAUUCCAGUUUCUAGAAAGUCUUGAAUGUAUUAUCCCAUUUGUUAAACAUUGCUAGCGUUCAUCUCA